ACGUGCACGCAUCAGAAUCAUUCCUCGUCGAGAUUGCCUAGAGAUCAGAUGCACAGAAGAGUGUGCCUCAAGUGAAGGGAAUCUUUUGUAGUGCGUUAGCUUUCUAGUCUCGAAAAUCCAACUCACUUUUCUCCGACUCUGUGCGUUCUGGUUGGAGAAUUGAAGUCGUUUUCUCUGUGAAAUCAUAAGUGCCAAGUGGUUGAACAACGCUCAGCAGGAUGUCUUUAAAGUUCGACGCAGAGAAGCUGCCCUACAUCGAUCUGGGCGAUGGAUACAUCGUGAGAUUGGAGAAGGAUGAGAUCGAGGGAAAAACCCGCGAGAAGGCCUUUGUGGAACUCCGCGAAACGGAAGAGUUGAAGCAGAAGAGUUUCACAGAAUUGCGCCAGUUGCUCGAAGAGGAGAAAGAUCUGACCGUUCCCUUAGCCGAAGAGGAAUUCCUCAUCAAAUUUCUCAGACCGUGCAAAUUCUAUCCGGAAAGUGCCUUCGAAAGAGUAAAGAAAUACUACAGAUUCAAGAUCAAGUACAAAAAGUACGCCGAAGAUCUCGUGCCGCGAAGUGUGAGGCAUGUUUUCGAGAAGGAAGUGAUUUACUUGAGCCCAUUGCGCACAAAGAAUGGCUGCAGAAUUCUCAUACUCGAAAUUAAAAAGUGGAAGCUGAAUGAGUGCUCUCUGGAUGAACUGUUCAGAACUGUGGAGAUUUGCCUGGAAGCCGCGAUGGCAGAACCGAAAACUCAGGUGAACGGUGUUGUGGUGAUUCUCAACAUGGAAGGAUUGACUCUUUCGCACCUGACACAAUUCAAUCCGUCAUUCGCGGCGAUGCUCAUCCACUGGGUGCAGGAGUGCAUCGGUAUUCGUCUCAAAGAGGUGCACAUUGUCAACAAUUCCUACAUCUUCAACAUGCUCUUCGCCAUCUUCAAGCCAUUCCUCAACGAGAAGCUGCGCAAGAGGAUUCACUUCCUGAACAAGGACUUCAAGACACUGACCGGAUACAUGGGCCAGGAAUGCUUGCGCCCCGCUUACGGAGGCACUUUAGCGGCCCCCGAAGUGGACGGAACCCUCGUGGCUGACUUAUUCCAGUUCCACAGCAAAGAAUACGAAGUUGCCAACACAUUCGGAUACCUUGGGAAAUAGUGCAUUAGCAUCGUAUUGUGAUAAGAAUCUUCCAUUUUUUUACCUACCAAAAUAUCUCUAGGAAAAGGUGUGUGAAGUAUAUUUGUGGGGUGAAUGAGAAAAUUUGUACACCUUUUUAUUUUUGCAUGAAAAAUAUAUAAAGAUUUUCUGCCAAGAUAAACAAAUCAGAUGAAAUCCGAGUG